CCCCGCAGCGGCCCCAUGGCGGCGCAGGAGCCGCCGCGGCCGCCCCCGGCCCCCGCCGAGCCCCCGGAGCCGGAGCCCGGCGGGCGGUACGAGGCCGUGGUGCCGCACUGGUUCUACUGCAAGGUCACGGACACGCGGGAGCGCUGGGUCCCGUUCAGCGCGCAGGACUCGGAGCGGCUGGAGGAGGCGCACGGCGCAGGGAAAGACCAGGAUGACGUGGUUGUCCCGACGUCAGGAGGCAGGUACGAUGUGCACCUGCGGACGCGGCAGCGCGUUGCCGUGUACUGGGAGGAGGAGGCGUCUGAAGUGCGUCGCUGCACCUGGUUUUACAAAGGAGACAAGGACAAUAAGUUUAUUCCCUACUCAGAGUCCUUCAGCGAGGAACUGGAGGAAGCUUACAUGAUUGCCGUGACCCUGGAUGAGUGGAAGAAGAAGCUGGAGUCCCCCAACAGAGAAGUCAUUAUCCUGCACAACCCAAAGCUGAUGGUUCACUACCAUCCCGUCGCCAGCUCCGACGACUGGGUCUCCACCCCCACGGAACAAGGUCGGCCCCGGACUGUGAAGAGAGGAGUGGAGAACAUCGCUGUCGAGAUCCCCAGUGGAGAGCCGCUGCAGAUCGACCACCUGGUGUUCGUGGUGCACGGGAUCGGCCCCGCCUGCGACAUCCGCUUCCGCAGCAUCGUGCAGUGCGUGAACGAUUUCAGGAAUGUCUCGCUAAGCAUGCUGCAAGCACACUUCAAGAAGGCCCAGGAGCAGCAGCAGGUUGGCCGGGUGGAGUUCCUGCCCGUGAACUGGCACAGCUCCCUCCACUCCACUGGCGUGGAUGUUGACCUGGAGCGGAUCACGCUGCCCAGCAUCAACCGCCUGCGUCACUUCAUCAAUGACACCAUCCUGGACGUGUUCUUCUACAACAGCUCCACCUAUUGCCAGACCAUCGUGGACACGGUGGCCUCGGAGAUGAACCGCCUGCACCAGCUCUUCCUGCAGAGGAACCCGCAGUUCAAGGGCGGGGUGUCCAUCGCGGGGCACAGCCUGGGGUCACUCAUUUUGUUUGAUCUCCUGACGAACCAGAAGGCUGAUCCUGAGGAGGACAAGCACUGUGCACAGGUAAUGGAGGCCCCUGACCUCACUCCUGCAGCUGUGUGGGGAUGGGGGAGAGAACCCAAUAUGCACAGGAGCAAACUGGUGAGCAGAAAGCACAAUCCCUUCUGGAUCUGUUCACAGGGGUCCAGGACAACCUCAAGCACAGGGGGUAUUGAGGAAGUAAAAGAAAUCCUGAGGAAGCUGGAGCUGUCUGAGUAUUGUGAUGUUUUUGAGAAGGAGAAAAUGGACAGGCAAGCACUGUUCUUGUGCACAGAGACAAACCUUAAAGAAAUGGGAAUUCCCUUAGGGCCAAGAAUGAAAAUACUCCAUUACCUCAGCUCCAAGACAGAGAUGAAGGAUCAGAGCUCAGCAGCUCCCGGGCACAGCAAACGCGGAGCCGAGGCAGGGGGGUCCCAGCACGGGGACAGCACGGAGGAUGGCAGGAAUUGCCAAUACCGGGACAUUGGCUUAGGACAGGUCUCAGCAAACUACCCCCAGCUGAACUACAAGCCCACCAUCUUCUUUGCCUUUGGCUCUCCCAUUGGGAUGUUUCUCACAGUGCGAGGAGUGAAGCGCAUCGACCCAAACUACAGCCUGCCCACCUGCAAAGGCUUCUUCAACAUCUUCCACCCCUUUGACCCCGUGGCGUACCGGAUCGAGCCCAUGAUCGUCCCGGACCUGGAGUUCGAGCCGAUGCUGCUGCCCCACCACAAGGGCAGGAAGAGGAUGCACCUCGAACUGAAGGAAGGGCUGACACGCAUGAGCGUGGACCUGAAGAACAACCUGCUGGGGUCACUGCGCGUGGCCUGGCAGUCCUUCACCCGCGCCCCGGUGCCGGCCCUGGAGGCAGGGAGCACCGAGGCCGAAGCAGAGGCAGAGGCUGGCACAGAGAAGCAGCCAGACACAAAGCCAGAGGAGCCCCCCACAGCAGUGAAGGAAGAGACCCCCCUCAUCAACGUGGGGAGGCUGAAUGGAGGGAACCGCAUCGACUACGUGCUGCAGGAGAAGCCAAUAGAGAGCUUCAACGAAUAUUUGUUUGCACUCCAGGGGCAUCUCUGCUAUUGGGAGUCAGAAGACACCGUUCUGCUGGUUCUGAAGGAGAUCUACCAGACACAAGGCAUCACACUGGAUCAACCUUUACCAGGAAGCCAGUGACCAACCUGUGCUGUUCUGGCUGUCCAGUUCCACUGAGUACUCACCCGGAAAGUCCAGAUCUCUUCUCUGCCUUCCUCUCUCCUCUGCUGCCGUGUCCUGCAUGCUGCUUCCCAAGUACUUGCUGCUACCUGGAGAUAAGGAUGGAUUUUUCUCCAUUUUGGGUAGGGCUAGGGGGGAAACUGUCAAGGGAAAACCACUUCUGCUCAAACACACACAACACCUGUACAGUGACUCCUGUGGCAACGUGUACUUUUAACCCUCCACCCUGCGAGUCCCCACCCCAGCUCCUCCAGCACUGCAGCAGAUGAGCUGUCCAGGCUCAGAACCCACCGAGGGCCUGACCCUGCGCCUGGCUCGGUGAGGACACUCACAGCCUGGGACCUUGAGGAGAAAAAGCCUUAAAUACAGAGCGUGGAAAGAG